GGAGGUGACGCGCAAAGCGGGGCGCCGGUGUCGCGUAGCGGCCGGGAGGAAGCUCGGCUGCCUCGCCGGCCGAGAGCAGGCCGGAGCCCGGGUCUUUGGCCGGGCUUCUCCGGGCGAGGGCGUGGGUGUGGGCGAGGUAACAGUCCCGGCCGCUGCAGCGCUCGUCCAGGCAGACGGGUUAGGUGCCGGGAGGAAAGAACGCAGUUCUCAUUAUGCAUCAGAAAAAUGAAAAAACAGAAGAAGAUUCUAUGGAAGAAAGGAAUUCACUUAGCCUUUUCUGAGAAAUGGAAUACUGGGUUCGGAAGCUUUAAGAAGUUCUGUUUUCCCCAGAACUUCUGCUUUUUAAAAGCUAAGCUGGGAAGGCCAGCUGUUUGGCAUCAGCAGUUGAAGCAUUUCCAGUGUAGUAAGAAGGGUCUUCACAUCCAGAAAACAUGGAUCCAGGAUGUGCCGCUUUGUUCAAAGACGGAGUCUGGAGUGGCCACUCACAGUGUUAGGACUUGGUACGCCACAGUGAGAAGAAAGGACACCAAGCACUUCAUUUCUCCAUCAAGGAGGCUCCUGAAACUCCGGGCAAAUAAGUUACUCUCUUCAGCAAGGAGCUUGGACCAUGAAUACUGCAGAGAGAACAGUCUCCUGAAGGCAGUUACUGGCUUGUCAGCAAACACUGUGUUAGGCAAGGCCAGCGGUCACAAACCCAGGACAGACCCACAAGAUUCAGACUUUCCCAUGAAGUUCAAUGGGGAGAGCCAGAGUCCAGGUGAGAGUGGCAAGAUUGUGGUCUUGAACAAACAUAGGAAGCGUGUUUGUUAUGGCUGCUGCCAAGGGCUAGUGCACCACAGGAAUGGGAGACCCCUGAUUCCAAAACAGUUCCAGCUUAACCAGCAUCGGAGAGUCAAAGUGUCUCUUAUGAUGUAUGAGAAAUUAUCUAUGAUUAGAUUUCGGUAUAGGAUUUUCAGAUCACAGCACUUCAGAACGAAAAGCAGAGUUUGCAAGCUAAGAAAAGCCCAGCGAAGCUGGGUGCAGAAGGUCACUGGGGACCAUCAAGACAACCUUAGGGAUAAUAAAACUGAGGGUGGCAACUGCAGCCCAGUCCCUUCCCUAGAACCAAAAGACCCUUGUCAGUGUCAGCCGUCCUUCCCAGAUAUGGACAGCACUGCUGUGGUGAAGGGAAAGAGCUCUCACACGCCUGACGGCCAGACUAAAGAAAGCCCCUUCUUGGACCAACAGAAUGGCAGUGCCACAUACACGUGGGACCAGUCACCCUCUUCUCCUAAGUGGGAAUGUACAGAGCAAAUUCGUGAAAUCCCUUUAACAGAACAUCCUUCUGGUAACAAGUUCACUUCGGAAACCGAAAGAGCAGUUAUGACUCUGGACCAGGAAAGUGGGACAAGUACUGUCAGUGAGGACACAGUGAAACUGUCAGUGUCUGGAGCAGACAAAUCUGUGAGUAGUGUAGAUGGGCCUGUGUCUCAAGAGCCUGCUCAGAGUGAGAACUUCCAGAUGGAGGAGGAUGGAUCGCUCAAGCAGAACAUUCUUAGCUCCAAGCUGCUGGACCACCCUUACUGUAAAAGUCCCCUGGAUGCUCCCUUGAUGUGCAGUGAACUCAAAGUAGAAAACCAGAUGGCAGGCGGCCAGAGCCGUCAGAAAGCUUCUCCCGUGGAUGAUGAGCAGCUCUCAACCUGCCUUUCUGGAUUCCUAGAUGAGGUUAUGAAAAAGUAUGGAAGUUUGGUCCCACUCAGUGAAAAAGAUGUCCUUGGGAGAUUAAAAGAUGUCUUUAAUGAAGACUUUUCUAAUAGAAAACCAUUUAUUAAUAGGGAAAUAACAAACUACCGGGCCAGACAUCAAAAGUGCAACUUCCGAAUCUUCUAUAAUAAGCACAUGUUGGAUAUGGAUGACCUGGCGACCUUGGACGGUCAGAAUUGGUUGAAUGACCAGGUUAUUAAUAUGUAUGGUGAGCUGAUAAUGGACGCAGUCCCAGACAAAGUCCACUUCUUCAACAGCUUUUUUCAUAGACAGCUGGUAACCAAAGGCUAUAAUGGAGUUAAGAGAUGGACUAAAAAGGUGGAUUUGUUUAAAAAGAGUCUUCUGUUGAUUCCUAUCCACCUCGAAGUCCACUGGUCUCUCAUUACUGUGACACUCUCCAAUCGUAUUAUUUCAUUUUAUGAUUCCCAAGGCAUUCAUUUUAAAUUUUGUGUAGAGAAUAUAAGAAAGUAUUUGCUGACUGAAGCCAGAGAAAAAAAUAGGCCUGAAUUUCUUCAGGGUUGGCAGACUGCUGUUACAAAGUGUAUUCCACAACAGAAAAAUGACAGUGACUGUGGAGUCUUUGUGCUCCAGUACUGCAAGUGCCUCGCCCUAGAGCAGCCUUUCCAGUUUUCUCAAGAAGACAUGCCUCGAGUGCGGAAGCGGAUCUAUAAGGAGCUGUGUGAAUGCCGGCUCCUGGACUGAGUGAGACUCAGCAGGGACUCCAUAAGGCAGCCAUGUUGGAGCAGGUGGUUUGUUACUUGAAUCUCCAAACACUUAAUGAAUUUUUACAGAUAUUUCAGAUUGGUGGUAUUGGGCCACUUAUUACCUCAAAUUUACUUUUGCCCUUCAUUUCUCCUGCUAUCAUGUGCUUUUUUUAAAUGUUCAGUUUAGUUUCAUUUUUAACUUUAUGGAUUCCGUAUGUCCCUCCCAUAUUUAAUAUUUAUUAUCCAAACGCAUGCAUAUAGACAGAGCAUGCAGUAAAGAGUAUUAAAAAAAAAAAAAAGCCUAGUAGAUUUGGUGCAGCUUUGAAACUUAGUUAGAUGUGAACUGAAUACAGGUUUAAAAUUUAACCCCAGAACCUAAAAAUGCAAGAUGUUUUUGCUAGAGCAUAGCUCAGAAUAGAUGUCCCUGUGACAUAAAGGGUAGGUAGAUGUGUUGUGGAAGAGCCAGCAGCUCUCGCUGACAUCCCUCGGAUGAGUCCCCAGCAUGAGAUGCAUUUCCUUCUGAGGCUGAGAGUGGUUCUUCUGCUUAGGGACAUGGUGAUUGCAAGCACAGUGCUGAUUUGAGAAGAAUUAAGGUAUGAGGGGGGCGGAAAGCAGCAUCCUUGGGGGCCAGUUACCUUACUUAAAAAAUAAAAUAAAAAAGGAUUUCUUUGUUUUGGUUUGAGAUAAGGUCUCACUAUGUAGCUCAAGCUGUCUGGAGCUCACAGUAGCUAGGCUGGCCUCACACUCAAGCUAACCCUGUCUCUGUCUCCCCAGUGCUGGUAAUAGAGGUACACACCAAUACACUCUACAGUAAGAUUUCUAUUUUGGUCUUAAUAUUUAUAACAUGUAGAUUAAAUCUCAAAAAAAGGCUUUUCCUGGGACGUUGAAUUUUCUUGGAUUUUUUUCUGGGUUUGACUUGUUAAAAAAAAAAUCCUCAAACUCAUGAUUAAAUAAAUGAGAAUUCGGCUCUACAUGGAAGUAAUUUGCUAGUUAUCACCUCUCUUUGUUGCCACCCAUGUAUUCCAAGGUAUUUAAGAUUUACCAAAAAAUGUUUCUACUUUAAGGCAUCUGAAACACAAGCACUCAAAGUAGAAGACUGGCCUGAGAUCUUCUGCAGGUAGGAGGAGAGAGGCAACACGAGGAGUGUUUCUUUCCAGUCUCCUCUGGUGGCUCAAGAUCCCAAAGGGCUCUUGGGCUCCUACUGCAACAGUGUGAAUCCUGUACUCAAGAAUUGCCCAUUUAUUGAAGUUCAUCCUCUGAGGCAGACUGUAGAGUAGCCCUGUCCUGUGGAUCAGGAUGGAAGUGGUAGAUCUU